AUGAAGGACCAGUAUAAAAGGCAGCCCAAUUCCCAGCUCCCCCAUCCACUUCUCUCACCUCAUUCUCCUUUGGAACUAGACAUGUCCUGCUACUCCCAGUGUGUGCCAUGCCGGCCAUGCGGCCCAACUCCUCUAGCCAGCAGCUGCAAUGAGCCCUGUGUCAGGCAGUGCCAGAACUCCAACGUUGUCAUCGAGCCCUCUCCCGUGGUGGUGACCCUGCCUGGACCCAUCCUCAGCUCCUUCCCGCAGAACACUGUUGUGGGAUCCUCCACCUCUGCUGCUGUUGGCAGCAUCCUCAGCUCUGAGGGUGUGCCUAUCACCUCGGGGGGCUUUGACCUCUCUGAUUUUGGAAGCCGCUAUUGUGGCAGAAGGUGCUACCCCUGCUAAAGAUGCUGACCAUGGUUCUGGGGAAGUUCUUCCAAAAACUACCAGACAGAGGUGGAACCUUCAGGACACUGAUUUCAGAAUACCUGACCAUCCUCAACUAUUCUAGAAAAUGCUGACAGGAAGAAGGAUGACUGCCCUUUCUGAAAGCCUGGCUCAUGUCUCUUCUUCCAUUCCACCACCUACCUCUUUCCAUUUUCUUUU